AUGCUCCCAUCGAGGCAGAGGACCUGGGUUGGCACGCCGCUGCUGGCGCUCCUUGCCCUCGUACUCUUUGCCGGCUUCGUCAGGGCAUCGGUGGGUGACAGACUGCCUGAGUUCAGGGACUGUGUGCAAGUCUGCGAGUCUGAAAAUUGUCGCGAUGGCAAACAGACAUCAAUCCCCCCCCUCCGUCGUCUCCUCCUUUGGAACUGCGCCGCCGAAUGCGACUACGCCUGCCAGCACAUCAUCACGACGCAGCGCGUCGCCGCCUCGGAGCGCGUCGUGCAGUUCCACGGCAAGUGGCCCUUUCACCGCUUCCUCGGCAUGCAGGAGCCCUUCUCCGUGCUCUUCUCGCUUGGCAACCUCUGGGCGCACUGGGCAGGCCUGGCCAAGGUGCGCGCGCGCAUCCCCGCCCGCUACACCAUGCGGCCCUUUUACGUCGCCCUCGCCUACGUCGGCAUCGCCUCGUGGGUGUGCUCCGCCGUCUUCCACACGCGCGACUUCCCCGCCACAGAGCAGCUCGACUACUUCGCCGCCGGCGCCAACGUGCUGUACGGCACGUACUACGCGCCCAUCCGCGUGUUCCGGCUGGACCGCGCCACCCCCAACCGCCGCUCGGUGCUGCGCGCGUGGACGCUGCUCUGCGUGCUGCUCUACUGCGCCCACGUGGCCUACCUCAAGGGUGUGCGCUGGGACUACGCGUACAACAUGACGGCCAACAUUGCCGUCGGCAUCGUGCAGAAUAUUCUGUGGACGUGGUUCAGUGUCCAAAAGUAUAGGGAGUCGAAGCGUCUGUGGACGACGUGGCCCGGUCUGGUGGUCGCCUGGGUCAUGUUUGCCAUGAGCAUGGAGCUGUUUGACUUUCCGCCGUGGCUGGGCUCGAUUGAUGCGCACAGCUUGUGGCAUCUUAUGACGAUUGCGCCCACAAUUCUGUGGUACAACUUCCUUGUCAUGGACGCCAAGGCCGACAUGGCCUCAACCGAAAGACUCAAGGCAUAG